GGUCGGAACCAUCACUUCCACACCGGCGACGGUCGAGUCCGUACCUGACCAUCACAUCUCCCGGUUACCUGUAUCAUCAUCGGCUACGUUUCAUCACCAUCAUGUCUCCGUCCGUCGUCGCGUUAUCGUCCGUUUGCGUGGCCCUGGCCGUUUUCGGUCUCGCGGCUUCCGUGCCCGUCGAACAACCGCAGCAACAGGUGCACCGACAAGAGGACGCGUCCGCCGCCGGAGGAUUCGGCACGGUCCUGUGGUCCGUGCUGGACGACUGUUUCUCCGGCGACGCGGCCGACACGGCCACGGUGUGCCUCAAGUCCAAAGCUCUGACGGCGCUGGACCGGGCCCUCGGCAAGUCCGCCCUGACCGUCGUCGAAGGCGUCACGCUGACCGCCCGGGCCGGCAAGUCGCUGGCCGUCGACCCGCAAGCCGACCGGGCCGAUCGGGCCGCCCUGGACGCAGCCCCGGACGCCGACAGCAAGAGCGCCCUGCUGGACGACAUGCUGGCCACCCGCAUGGAUAGGCUCAUGUCGACCAGGACCAUCGUUCUGGACGGUGCAGGUCAAGAAGGUCGCAAGAAGAAAGACAAGGCCAUGCAACAGGCCAUGAUGAUGGCUGGUAUGAUGGCAGCGGCGGUUAUGGGUCCGAUGGCUUUCAAAAUGUUGGCACUGAUUGCCGGAAAGGCGCUGUUGCUGAGCAAAAUCGCACUGGUUUUGUCUGGUAUCAUAGCACUCAAGAAGCUUCUGCAGCCACAACAGGGCGGACAUGAAUCCGAGUCGGUGUCCCAUCACUACGGUCGGAGCUUGCAACUCGAAGCUCAUGACGUAGCGUACUCGGCCCAAAAGCCUCAGUAGACGGUAUACCUUUACGUGACACGCGCAUUAUCGUCGUCGGCGACGAGUUAUGUUUUAAUUUUAUUAAGUUUGCACUAAUGUGCUACUAUUAAUUUAUUAUUUAUUUUUUUUUAUUUUAUAAGCCAAUCCACGUUGUUUGUUUACGAGUCGGAAUCGAUCGUGAACGAAAAUUGUAUUCGUUCGAGUUUCGCACUCGUCUUAUGAAAAAUAUUUUAAUCAUUGUUUUAAUGUUAUUACUGAUGUACUAUAAAAAUAUGGAGUUGAUAAAUGAAAAAAAAAUCAAAAUGUUUAUAAAUCCAAAA